UGGAGGUGAGAAAGUGGUCAUCGAAGGAACAGUAUUGUGACCCACUGUUGGCAAAGUCCAACCUGUCUCCAAGGUACAACUAUACCAGAAGCCAGGGAUCUUGAACGCCGCAAUAUGAAGCUCUGCAGAGAUCCUCGAGCUGGCGUAGUAGAAGGUGCCUAUUGUUAUCAGGGACGCAAAGUAACACUCCAGAUGGUGCCCAGUGUUGUCGGGACCCCAAGGCGGCAUUCCAGAAGGUAACAAACGAGGAAGUACAGAGGUGUCCACCAUGGUCCACCUGUCCAGGGUCGUCACUGUCCUGGCGACGGUGGUGGUUGUGGUGGUGUCAGGGAAGUGCCUCACCUUCAAGGACCUCCAGUUGUCCCAGGUCAACCCGUAUAGGUGUGAGAGAGAGUGUUUGAUGAUGCCACUUGGUACUGGUACCCCUCCAGUGUAUGGUACUGAGCUAUAUCAUGAGAGUUCUGAGAUAUGCCUGUCAGCGCUUCAUAUGGGUGCUGUCCCUGUCACUGGAGGAACCUUCCAGAUUACCAAACAACAACAACAACGAACAAGUAAUGUUAUCGGCUCCGUCUUAAACAGGAUUUACUCAACGAACAAGAACGUACAAGCUGGGGAAACUGUGUAUAAAAUUGUUAAGACAGGCCUGGCUGUCACUCAGGACGAUUUGCGUGCUGAUGUAGUGAUGGUACACGACUCACAAUUCUCAUUAUUAUCCCUGACCUGCCUCGCCCAGGACCAGGCUACAAACUUCACCAAGGAUGAUAUAAGAUCGUGGUCGUAUGGUAUCUUUCCAGACAAAGAACGAGGAAAAGGAGCAAUGCGGACCGUAGCUAAAAGAAAAAUAGUUUUGACGACCUCUGGUGCAAACCAACAUGCCUUCCGUUGUCUGGGUCGAAGUUCAGCUACAGAUGUCUUGGCUGUUAUCUCCUUCCCUAAAAGUGAUUAUCACUCACGGUCACCCACACUGAGGUUCAGCAAGGGUGAAGAAGUGACGAUUCCAGUGGUCAAAAUCAACCAGGGUCUGCCCGAUGAGGUGUACAUUAAGAAAGUGCCAGAUAAUUGGUCAAGUAACACUAGUAAGCUGCCAUCUCUCCAACUUGGACCAGCCCAACGCCACCACACUGGUGUAUACCUCGUUCAUUCUGACGUUCGUACCAACAGAGGAAGCUUUUGA